GCAAUGUGCCUUUAAGACUAGCAGGAGAGCAAUAGUAUCUCCCUCCCUCCUGUUAAUUGUAGCAUGUUUUCAGCCAUGCUUUCCAGUCACAUUCGCAGGCUGUGAGAGGGAGCAGCGCUGCCAGCCGAGUGCCACCGGGCAGCGCCGUGCCCUGUGCCGAGCGGGUGCCCGCGGGUGAUGGGGCAGCGCCCGGCGCCGCAGAGCCCUGUGCCACGAGCAGGAGCCCGGCGUGCCUGACUUCGGGUCACACUGCUGGGCUCGCCACGUCACUCGUGCUCCUCUCGUGUCACCUCCUCGCCCGCCCGGCCGUGGCCUCCAGCAGCAGGGUCAGACCUCUGGCCAGCCCACCCUCGCCGGGGCUCCUGCGUGAGCUACGAGCGGUGCUCUGCUGGAGCCUGGGGUUCUGCAGUGGGUGAUGCAGUGUGAUGCCUGGCUGGGGAUGCAGGGGGCUGCUGUGGGAAUGCCUGGCUCCCUGAGCACAAAGUGACUGCAACUAACACGAGCUUGGGACUACUUCUCGGAAGAUGCCCUGCGUGUCUCCGGUCAUUCCUCUCCAGCCUCACCGCAGAAUAUUCGGAGUUGCUAGCUUUCUUCUGCCGAGGGGGGACAAAGGCAGAGGCCUCCAGAGGGUUAAGAGCAUCUGCUUUUACGCCAAGUGUUCGAGCAGGAAAUAAUCUGCAGAGAUACAUGUGCAGCAAUUCAACUGCUGCUGCUCUGCCAGGCUGCCGCCGCUGCAGUUCGGUGUGUGAGAGGAGCCGUGCUGCUCACAGAAGAUGCUUUCUUGGUGUGUCCGAAGCUCCAGGCAUGGCAGCAGAGCCCCGGCUGCCUGAGCUGGGGUAAAUGUCUCCAGCCAAGAGGAAUUAUGUUGACUUGCUGGCUCUGUCGCCUCACAGAGGCUGUGUCACCUACUGCUGUAAUGUGGGAUAAAGCACAGCUGCAAAGGCAGAAAAAACCAUAAAUCCAAGUUUGUACCUGUGUGGUUACAGGCCAUAGCAGGAUUGGGGGAUUACUCAUGACAGAAGCCCAGUUGUUCCCCUUCCCUGUGUGACCACAUCAAGCAGCUGUGUCUGGAUCUGUGCUCCCAUCCUGUGCACUUCCCAAACAUGAGAACUGUUUUUCCUCCAAUCCAAAUAAAGAGGUCUCCCUGACAUGUGUGGCUCUCCUCGCUGGUGAGCAGCUCAGCCAGUGCCAUCCCCAGGCUCCAAGUGCUUUGAGAAGAGCCCACUGAAUUCCUGCUAGGAGGGCCCUGAGUCACAGGCACAGCAAACCUGCCCAGCUCAUCACCAAACCUCCUUUGGAGCAGCUGCCAGAGAGGCUGAAUUCCCUGUUUCCUGCUGUGCUGCCAGAUCCUCCUCCACAGGCUGGAGGAGAGCUGUGUCCUCCUGGCUCUGUGUGAGAUCCUCACCCUGCACACCCACGGCCUCUUCUGCUCUGUCCCUGCCACCAGUGCUGCUCCACCACCCACCAGAUGUGGAAGUGGCUGCAAAGAGCUCCCCUGCCUGAGCACAGGUGCUCUCUUUCCAGAAAAAAAAUGGUGAACUUGGAAACCAGCUGGAGAUUGCAAAGUCUCCUUUCCCUUGAGGUUGGUGGUCAAUGGUCAUCCUCUACCACACCCAAGGAAAGCAGAAGAGCUCCACGCUAACUUCUGUAAGGUCUGCUUCACUAUGGAAGAUCAAAUGAUUUUCUGGCUCAGGUUUUGUAAUCUGCCUUGGACCUGGACUUUGGAAAAGGAAUCGUCUCUGAGGCACGGUUAAGAGACAGAAACCAGCCCCAGACAAUGAGCACUUUAAGCAGCACUGGAAUAUUGCUCAGCUUAACAACAGUGUCUGUUACACUGGAUUUUAGUUUGCAUGGUGGUCUGAUGGCUUGGUCCUUAAGCAGCAAUUUGACUCUGAACCAGAGUUUGCCUACAUCUGAUCCUCUUAACACCUCUGAGAAGGGUGAAGUCUCUCGGAUGUCCGUGAGGGAGAAGAAUUGGCCAGCCCUCCUGAUCUUGGUUGUCAUCCUGCUGACCAUUGGGGGGAACAUAUUGGUAAUUAUGGCUGUGUCCUUGGAGAAGAAGUUGCAGAAUGCCACAAACUUCUUCCUGAUGUCGCUGGCAGUAGCAGACAUGCUGGUGGGUAUCCUGGUCAUGCCCGUGUCGCUCAUUGCAGUUCUGUAUGAUUAUGCUUGGCCUUUGCCUAAACAGUUGUGCCCUAUAUGGAUUUCCCUAGAUGUGCUCUUUUCAACUGCAUCUAUUAUGCAUCUCUGUGCCAUCUCUCUUGAUCGGUACGUAGCAAUUCGCAAUCCCAUUGAGCACAGCCGCUUCAAUUCCCGCACCAAGGCCAUUAUGAAAAUUGCUGCAGUUUGGACCAUAUCCAUAGGGAUAUCCAUGCCUAUUCCAGUCAUUGGUUUGCAGGAUGACUCCCGGGUGUUUGUAAAUGGGACCUGCGUCCUGAACGAUGAGAACUUCGUCCUCAUUGGAUCCUUCAUGGCUUUCUUCAUCCCCCUCAUCAUCAUGGUGAUCACGUAUUGCCUGACUGUCCAGGUGCUGCAGAGACAGGCCACGGUGUUCAUGUGUGGAGAGGUGUCCAAGCAGAGGAGGAGCAGCGUGAACUGCCUCAAGAAGGAAAACAACACAGAGAACAUUUCAAUGCUUCACAAUCACGAGGGGGCCUCCCACUUGAACUCCCCUGUAAAUAAGGAGGCGGUGCUUUUCCGGAAAGGAACGAUGCAGUCCAUCAACAACGAGCGAAGAGCCUCCAAGGUCCUGGGCAUCGUCUUCUUUUUGUUCCUCAUCAUGUGGUGCCCGUUUUUCAUCACUAAUGUAAUGUCUGUCCUUUGCAAGGAAGCCUGUGAUAAAGACCUGUUGAGUGAGCUCCUGGAUGUGUUUGUUUGGGUGGGGUACGUGUGCUCUGGGGUCAAUCCCCUGGUGUACACCCUCUUCAACAAAACCUACCGCAGGGCUUUCUCCAAUUACAUCCGCUGCCAGUAUAGGCCCGGGAAAAAAUCAGCACUGCGGCAGAACCAGUGUCUGAACGUGGCUUCAACAGCUUUAUAUGGGAAAGACCUGACUUUAACCAGUUAUCGAAAUGGCAAUGAGUUCAAUAGCAUGGAACUAGAUGAAGCUGAGGAGGGCCUUGAGAUGCAACCAGGGACUUCAGAGCUCUCCAUAAACAGCUGUAAUGUUGUAAGUGAACGAGUGAGCUGUGUGUAAAAGUGACUCUCAUAGACCUUUGCUACGGUGUAUCCGUAGCCAAAAUAUAUUGUGUAAAAAUGUAAGUGUCGGUCAAAGGACUAUGUAAAUAUUGCACUCUGAACAAAGCUUUUGGUUUUUCUAAAGAGAAAAAAGAGUUGUCUUUCCAGUCCAGUACUUAAAAUAAUAUAUAUUAAUAUACUGCAGUGAAGUUUAAGGUUCUAUAUUUACUGUUAAUACUAGAUCAGAACUAUUAGUUACUUUGCAUAUGUCAUGGACAAAAUGUUUGAAUUCUUCUUCCAGUGCAUGAACAAAAAUGCUGAAUAUUUAUCUCAGGUGGAAUUUGCUGGAGUCCAGAAUGGCACGUUAAUAGUUAUAUAUCAAAUACAUGCUAUUAGACUUGGUCAGUAUAACUUCCUUUUUCAAGUUGACAGUAAAUAUGUACUUUAAAUCCUUCCCCCUAUUUGUGCCGUGUAAAGACUUUACAGAAACCUGGCAGAGAGACAUCACAACAGCGUAGUGGCCAUGCAGGCGCCUGGCCAGACAUGUCCUGUUAUGUGUAGUGGCUUCUGCCAUACUGGGCCAAUCUUGCACUUCAAGAUUGCAAGUGGUUAGAUUUGUUAGAUUCUGGCUCCCUCUCCAAUCCUGCUGUUUCCUUUCUGUCCCUCAGGAGGCUCUGGCUCCCCUAAGAAAGGAAGGGAAUGUGGUUUUGCAGUUCUGGCUGGGAUCACUUGGGCUGGAGAAGAAGCAUGAGAAGCAGAGUGAUGCCCACUUAUCAAGUUCAAACAUCCAGUAAAUGGAAGGCCUAGGAUUCAUUAAAAGCCCUCCUCUGGUCUUGCAGAUAACCAUCAGCUCUGGGGUGGAGCAGGCUGUGUGGCCAGCACUGCCUUCACAGAUUGCUGGAGGACCAGGGGCUUUGGCCUGUCUGAAGAAGAGCACUCCGGCUUUGGAAGAGCCCAAAUCUCUGCUCUUCUCACUCCUCACAUCUUUAUUCUUUAGCUGGUUUGGCAUUUGCUUUUAUUUUCCAGCCCAGGGCUGGUGACAGAACCCUGCUUUGGGCACAGAGCAGAAGGUUCUCUGUGUGUGGUGUUGGCCAGGGUCAGGCUGUGAGCAGCAGGAUGUGCCUGCCUGGGCAAUGCUGGAGAGAGAAGCAAGAGAGGGUCCCUGCUUCUGUCUCAGGAGGGGGUGGGCAGAGCUGAACAGAGCAUGUGACUGGAAUCAUUUGCUGGUGACACAGUUCUAAAGCAAAUGGUGACCAGGGACAGCAGGGAAGCAGACCUGCAGCUAGUCUGCAUGGAGUAUGAAUCUGGAGUAACUUUAAAAUUUGAUUUAUUCCAUUUCACUCCCAAAGUAAAUUAGAGUAUAUCAUAUUAACACCACUUACAUCUUUAAUGAAAGCAUCCACAUUGGGAUUGAAUGUAUUUUAAGUAAUCUGCUUUUAAUACACACCAUGUAUAAUUUGAAUUAAUUUUCCUCUGCAUUCCUGUGUACACAAACCCUCCAAGGCACUGUGUCUUUCUAGCACUGUGCCUCUGGGGUGAUGUCUCUCAUGCAGAUUUCCUUAUGUGGAGUAUUGUCUAAUACCAGAUAUCACCCAUAAGGUUUUUAUAUCUUCAUUAACUACUACACAGAUGCUGCAGUGCCCAUCUAACAUGGAUGCAUUUAGCAUCACUGACAGCCUCUGGCUAAGAUAAUUGUCAGAACACAGACGCUUACACUAGGCAUGGAUAAAUCACAUUUUAUCUACAUGAAUUGCUUGUACUCUCAGCUUGUUGUGUUCAUUCCAUUAAAACUAACUCAUAGAAGAACUGGAAUAUUCUGCCAGUGCUUGAGGUGUUGCUGCAUGGCUGUGUGCCGCUACAACCUUGCUGAGGCCACUACUAAAACACAACAUUUGGGUUGUAUCUGCUGCUGGGUUGAUCCCAGAAUGAUGCACUGAAGGUGAUCUUCUUUUCUCCCUCAUCCCCUCCUGGGAUAAAUCCAUAGUACUUCCCUGCAGGCAGAUGAGGUAUCCCAGUGCAAAGUGCAGCUCACUGCUUGCAGAAGGCAGCAGAGCUGCUCCAUGUGCCAGCCUGCAGAUACCACCAUGGGCUUGAAUUCUUGGGAAUCCACUUGCCUCUCCAAAAAGGUCAGGUAAUCAGCAGGAAAACCACUGGCCAGAGACACAGCAACUGCCCUUUACCCUGAGUCAGAUUUUAUUAUCUCAAAAAGUACAAAAAAAUCAGAAAAAUCAGAAAAAUCAGAAAAAAAGGAAAAAUCAAAAAAAUCAUAGUGCAUUUUAUUUUUUUCCCCUUUGAGUGAAUGUAUAGCACAUCUCUUCCAUACACGUAUGUGUGUGUGUGUGUCUAUAUAUAUAUAUAUAUAUAUAUAUAUAUAUAUAUAUAUAUAUAUAUAUAUCUCUUUCAGAACCUCAGACUUUGAAAGCAUUUGGCAAUAAGUUGAAUUACAGUAGCUUCUAGCACAUGUGUAAGCUGUGUGAAUAGCUCAUUUUCAAGCUGGAGCUCAGUGUAACACAGGCAUUGUUCACACAGGCAUUGUCUUCGCAUGGGAGCCUUCAUGUCUCCUUGCCAGUUCUGUUGUAUGGGCAAAAAGGGAACCUGCUACAUUUGGAUGUAAAUAAUGAGAAUUGAACAGAGAAUUUUCAGAAUUUUUAUAAGUGUUUUUAAAAAAAUUCAGCACCAGAACUGUAAAUAUGCCAACCUCAGCUGGACCUGUUCUGAUGUCCAUCUCUUGUCUGGAUGAAGAGCCAAGGGGACUGACUGCCUUACAGCGCCUGUGUUCCUCCCAGCCAGCAGGGGAGAACAUUUCUCUGAAUGGUUAAAUACUGUCAUAUACCCAGCUUUCUUUGGGUCAUUCACAUCAGGGUUUUGUGAUGCUGCUAUUAAUUUAUUAAAGAAAGGUCUGUUGGUUUCAUCAUUCUUCUUUUUUUUUUUUUUCAUGAUCUAUCAGAAAAUAAAUAAGUCAACAUGCCCUCUCUUUCUUUCAUCUGUCCCCAGUUAAAAUAUGUCCUGACCAUAAACCAAACCAACAACAAAAAAAGGACGAUAAGGACCUAUACUUGAAGUAUGGCCCAUAGCUGCUUAAUCACAGGAAUUAGUGUCAGCAAAAGUCCCAAUACUCCAAACCCCAAAACUUGUUAAAUAUGAAAGCAGUGAUAGCUCCCCUUCAGUAACAACUGUUAAAAUUUAAUUUUUUUUAACUAUGUGAAUUUGAAGAACUGAUUUAUUUUUCUGAAACUUAACCAAAGUCAGGUUGUUCUCACAGCUCCUUUGCUUCUCCUGAGAUGUAACCAUUAACUGUGGUGGUGCUUCCAGAAGCCCUGCCUGGGGCUGUCUUGUGGGAACACCUGCUGGAAGCUUUGUGUGAGUCCUCAAAUCCCAGCUCAGGUAUGGUUUUGUCUCACAAAUAGUGUCUGUGGCAGUCUUUUGCUUUGAUUUGGACUGAAGAAGUGAAGAUAGUUCCUUGGAAAUGGUUGGAGGCUGAGAUGUGCUGGCUGCUUUGUUUCCCAAACCAGAUGGAGCCAUGCAGGCUGGCUGCCUGUGGGACAGCACACGUGCAGGGGCUCUGCUCCAGCACACGGACCACCCUCUUGGACUGGAACUGGGCAAUCUGCUCUGGGGGCAGCCCAGGUCAGAGCUGGCAUCGUCCUGUGCUGUAGAGGCUUGCAGUCUUUGCCCAGGGUCAGAAGCAAGGCUGGCUGUGGUGUUCAGGCACAAAUCUGUGACUGGGCAGCCUGGUUUCUAGACCUGAGCUGCUCAUCUGCAUCUGUUCCAUGCUACCCCGCACAGCCAGGUCUGGGGCACAGCAUCCAUGGGAUCAGCCGUGGUGGCUUUGGGGACCCGUGUGUGCCUCACAGACUGUGCUUUGAGGAGAAGGUCAGCUCCUCCCAUCCUGUGCUUGCUGAAGAGCAGCUACCCAGAGGCUGUGGCAUUUGGGAGGUGACAAGAUUCAGAGCCAAUGCUGAGGGGUCCUAAGGCAUCCCACCUCAGCACAGCUCUUUAUUGUCUGAAGAACUGUGAGUCUUCAAUAGUUUUCAUCUGAGUGAUAAUUUAGAGAUGUAAAUGUGAGGCAAUGUGUGAGUAAGCACUGUGAGCAGUGUGGUUCUUGCUGUUUUCUCUGCAGAGACACUCAUGUCAAUCCUUAGAGACUUUCUUCUGGACAGCCCUGUGAAGAAUUUCAUCAGUGAUGUGGAGUGUGCCUGGUGCUCUUCCCAGUCACCAUCCAAGGUGUUGGAGACAUGAGAGAAAAAAUGCAAAGAAGAAACAUGUUUUAAGGAAGAAAAGCAAACUGCAAUCAGCCCUUCAGAAAUACCAUUUCACUUUGAGCUACUGAAGGGUGUGCGAUACUGUGGCAGACAAAUUGUGCAUUCCAAAAGCAGAGCCUGUCAUGUGAUACAGGAGCAGAUGUCUCUUGGAUGGCUUUCCUCCCUGUGUCACAGUAUCAUUAGGAUAGCUGCAUGCCAGCAACUGCACUUGGCUUUGUCUCCAUUUCAGGGGUGGAAAAGGCAUCAGAGGCUUUUUCCUAGGAAAAGGCACACAAAAGAGCACCAAACCUUGUGCAGGUGAAGCAGAAGGACGGAGCUAGACAGAUGUGUGCACACAUCUCAGCGACCCCAGAGAGCCACAGAUGGCAUCAGACUUUAUUCUUCCCUUGAAAAAAUGGGAGUAUCUGAAAAGCUGGGGAGGAAACCUGUGAUGGGGACAUCAGAUGUACCUGCUGGUGUGAUUGUCAGAUGGGGGCUGUUCCAGUGAUAAUGUAGUUUGUGGGGGUGCAUGCAUAAAAAAAAAAGCUUUUUUUUUUUCAUUUUUAACUAUGAAGUUGUUAUUAUCUGUUUUGUCUCUCCCCCAUUUUUCUCUAAGUCUCAGGUCUGCUUGUUUGCUUUUGCACACACUGAAACCUGUGCUCUGAAGCUGUCCGAAAACAUCCACGGGAUGUGCCAUUCCCUCUCAGCUCUGCAGGGAUACUGCAACCCUACAACAACAUGGAGAUGGAGAGGCUUCAGGUGAGGGAUUUUAGAUCUAUACACUACAGACAAUCAAUGCAAUGAGGCUCACUUGCUGAUUAAAGAACCACACCAGAAUGUCUUUAAUGAAGUCAAGUGCAUGAGCUAUGCACUGAAAAAAUUUGCUUAAGACUGUCCUAAAUGCCAGGUUGUGCUGACAGCAGGAGGGUGUGUGGGUACAUGUGCAGGGAGUGUGGCAACAGCAGGGUUUCUGCUCUGUCCAGAUCUCCCACAUGGUCCCUCCAGGAGGAUUCCUGUCUCAGGACCAGCACAGCGUGUCCCAUACUCCCAGGAUUCACUCCACCCUUUCCAACCACACAAAAGGUUGCACGAGCCCAUCCUCCUGGGCCACAGCUCCCAGGGUCUGUGCAGGGGCCCGGCAAGUGGGUAAGUGUCUACUGGUGACAAAGGCCAAAUAACUCUGGUGGCUUUGAGGUGGUGACAACAAGAGAUUUACACAGACUGCUCACAGCAGGCAGUGGGUGACAAAUUAUUGUGGAAAAUUGAGACUCUGGAGCAAUCCUUCUUCUGUAUAUCAUCUCAUUAAUGUUGUCUUAUGUUCUGCUUCCCCAAAAGCCAAAGACCUUGUAGCAGAUAAAUGCAAUUUCCCCAGCAGUUUCCUGGGACAAUGGUAGCUGCUUUGUGACUCUAGUUGGUACCAACACUUAGGUGACUUGAAAAAUCAAUCAUGCAGCACCACACAGGGGCAUGUUAAAUCCACUGUUCUGAAUUUUCCUGUGCUUGAAUUGUAUAUUGGAUAAAUUAAUGUUUAUUAAAAUACAGCCAGAUUAUCCAAUGUAUAUGAUUAAUGGGAUCUAAUUGUGGCAUUUUGAAUGAUUUAACUUUCUGAUACACAAAAAAAAAAUCUGAAAACAGUGCCUGUUAGACCACUGCCUGGUUACAUUUGUUAAAAUUUAGAGCAGCUUUACAUCUGUGUGUGCUGCUGCUGUUGGUGUCUCCUCCUGCAGAAGGACAGGUGGGAGCCAGUGAUGGAUGCUCAUCAAAGACAAUGAAAAUUUUAAUCAGGGUCCUUUUCCCUGAUUAAAGAGAACAGCUCUUCUGUGACAUUUGGGGAGGAGGAGGAUUUUCAGUGCCUCUCCCGUGGAGCCUUCCCAAACAUCAUGACACUGCUCAAAGCAACAGGUAAGAGCAAUUGCCUAGCAGAGAUCUCAAGGGUGUUGGGGGUUCCUGCCCUGCAGGCACCAGUGGUUCAUGUCCCUCCCUAUCUCCACAGGUCACAGUGACUCACCUGUGAAGCCAUGGCAAGGUCUGGCCCCCUCAGCUAAGUGCUCCCCUCCUUUUCUUUUUGCAGCAUAGCUGAUGCCUUGUGAAAGCUGACCUAGAAGAGAGACUGGAUACAGUUAAAGAUUAAAAUAGGGAUUUAUCAAAAAGCCUCAAUGGAUGCACCUUGGGCAGCACAAGAGCCCAGCCAGGGCUGCACCCAAGAUGAACCAAAAUGGUCACAAAAUGGACACCUGGUCACAGGGUCUCUCA